AUGGAACUGGCUGAGACUGCCCAGGGACAGAAUGGAAACAAAAUGGAAGGAGCCCAGGACCAAGAUCUUGAACCUCCAAUAUUGAUAGGUCUGGUAGUGGAGGAGGAGCACUUCCUGAAUGAAAUAAGGACAAUGGAAUGUCUAAAUGUCAAGCGACAGCACCUAACAACAACAACAACAUAUGUCCAGCGAGGGAAGCCCGUGAAAAAGGGCAGUCCACCCCCAAGCUUUCCCUUCAAGUCUUUAACCUGGGAAGCCAGAGUGCAAAACUCCUACGCGAAACCAAAGGAAGCCGGGCAGCGAGUCGGUACGCCAUUGGGAGGGCCACGGCCGGUGCUCUGUGCCCUUGUUGCCGAGCGCCUGCCUACUCUGGGUCAUUCCUGGUGCAGGAGCGGGACUGGAGCUGACAACAGGGCUCCCGCCUGGCCGCCCCGGCGCCUGUGUGACCUUCCCGCUGGUGGGAUGUGGCGACUACGCCGGGCCACCGUGGCCUGUGAGGUCUGCCAGUCCUUAGUGAAACAUAGCUCUGGAAUAAAAGGAAGUUUACCACUACAAAAACUGCAUUUGGUUUCACGAAGUAUUUAUCAUUCACAUCAUUCUACCUUAAAACUUCAAAGACCCCAAUUAAGGACAUCAUUUCAGCUGUUCUCCUCUCUAACUAACCUUCCUUUACGUAAAUUGAAGCUUUCUCCAACUAAAUAUGGCUACCAGCCCCACAGGAAUUUUUGGCCAGCGAGAUUAGCUGCAAGGCUCUUAAAACUUCGAUAUAUCAUACUAGGAUCUGCUGUUGGGGGUGGCUAUACAGCCAAAAAGCUAAAGAUAUGCCCUGUUGAAAAAAUUAUUUGCAGGAAUAUCGCCCUUUUAAUUGGUUUUUCUAACAUUCAUAAAGAGAGCUUUGCAAUGUUUGCCAAGAAAAUUAGAAAAGCUCUUCCUAAUUCAGAAGACCUUGCAAAGUUAGCACCAGACUUUGACAAGAUUGUUGAGAACCUCAGCUUAUUGAAGGACUUUUUCACUACAGGUCACAAAUUGGUUAGUGAAAUCAUAGGAGCUUCUGACCUACUUCUCUUGUUAGGUUCACCUGGAGAAACAGCAUUUAGAGCAACAGAUCAUGGAUCUGAAAGUGACAAGCACUAUAGAAAGGGUCUGCUUGGUGAGCUCAUUCUCUUACAACAGCAAAUUCAAGAGCAUGAAGAGGAAGCACGCAGAGCUGCUGGCCAAUAUAACACGAGCUAUGCCCAACAGAAGCGAAAGGUUUCAGACAAAGAAAAAAUUGACCAACUCCAAGAAGAACUUCUGCAUACUCAGUUAAAGUACCAGAGAAUCUUGGAACGGUUAGAAAAGGAGAACAAAGAAUUGAGAAAAAUGGUAUUACAAAAAGAUGACAAAGGCAUUCAUCAAAGAAAACUUAAGAAAUCUUUGAUUGAUAUGUAUUCUGAAGUUCUUGAUGUUCUGUCUGAUUAUGAUGCCAGUUAUAAUACACAAGAUCAUCUGCCACGAGUUGUUGUGGUUGGAGAUCAGAGUGCUGGAAAAACUAGCGUAUUGGAAAUGAUUGCCCAGGCACGAAUAUUCCCUCGAGGCUCUGGCGAGAUGAUGACCCGCUCUCCAGUUAAGGUAACUCUCAGUGAAGGUCCUCACCAUGUGGCCUUGUUUAAAGAUAGUUCUCGGGAGUUUGAUCUAACCAAAGAGGAAGAUCUUGCAGCAUUGAGACAUGAAAUAGAAAUCCGAAUGAGGAAAAAUGUGAAAGAAGGCUGUACUGUUAGUCCUGAGACCAUAUCCUUAAAUGUAAAAGGCCCGGGACUACAGAGGAUGGUGCUUGUUGAUUUACCUGGUGUGAUUAAUACUGUGACAUCAGGCAUGGCUCCUGACACAAAGGAAACUAUUUUCAGUAUCAGCAAAGCCUACAUGCAGAAUCCUAACGCCAUCAUACUAUGUAUUCAAGACGGCUCUGUGGAUGCUGAACGCAGUAUUGUUACAGAUUUGGUCAGUCAAAUGGAUCCUCAUGGAAGAAGGACAAUAUUUGUUUUGACCAAAGUAGACCUGGCAGAGAAAAAUGUGGCUAGUCCAAGCAGGAUUCAGCAGAUAAUUGAAGGAAAGCUCUUCCCAAUGAAAGCUCUCGGUUAUUUUGCUGUUGUAACAGGAAAAGGAAAUAGUUCUGAAAGCAUUGAUGCUAUAAGAGAAUAUGAAGAAGAAUUUUUCCAGAAUUCAAAACUCUUAAAGACAAGCAUGCUAAAGGCGCACCAGGUGACUACAAGAAAUUUAAGCCUUGCUGUAUCAGACUGCUUUUGGAAAAUGGUACGAGAGUCUGUUGAACAACAGGCUGAUAGUUUUAAAGCAACACGUUUUAACCUUGAAACUGAGUGGAAGAAUAACUACCCUCGCCUGCGAGAACUUGACCGGAAUGAACUGUUUGAAAAAGCUAAAAAUGAAAUCCUCGAUGAAGUUAUCAGUCUGAGCCAAGUUACACCAAAACAUUGGGAGGAAAUCCUUCAACAGUCCUUAUGGGAAAGAGUAUCAACUCACGUAAUUGAAAACAUCUAUCUUCCAGCUGCACAGACCAUGAAUUCAGGAACGUUUAAUACUACAGUGGAUAUCAAGCUUAAACAGUGGACAGAUAAACAGCUUCCUAAUAAAGCAGUAGAGGUUGCUUGGGAGACCCUACAAGAAGAAUUUUCCCACUUCAUGACAGAACCAAAAGGAAAAGAACAUGAUGACAUAUUUGAUAAACUUAAAGAGGCUGUUAAAGAAGAAAGUAUUAAACGCCACAAGUGGAAUGACUUUGCAGAAGAUAGCUUGAGAGUUAUUCAACACAAUGCUUUAGAAGACCGGUCCAUAUCUGAUAAACAGCAGUGGGAUGCAGCUAUAUAUUUUAUGGAAGAGGCUCUUCAGGCUCGUCUCAAGGAUACUGAAAGUGCAAUUGAAAACAUGGUAGGUCCAGAUUGGAAAAAGAGGUGGUUGUACUGGAAGAAUCGGACCCAAGAACAGUGUGUUCACAAUGAAACCAAGAAUGAACUGGAGAAGAUGUUGAAAUGUAAUGAAGAGCACCCAGCAUACCUUGCAAGUGAUGAAAUAACCACAGUGCGAAAGAACCUUGAAUCCCGAGGAGUAGAAGUAGACCCAAGUUUGAUUAAGGAUACUUGGCACCAAGUUUACAGAAGACAUUUCUUAAAAACAGCUCUAAAUCAUUGUAAUCUUUGUCGAAGAGGCUUUUAUUACUACCAGAGGCAUUUUAUAGAUUCUGAGUUGGAAUGCAACGAUGUUGUCCUGUUUUGGCGAAUACAGCGCAUGCUUGCUAUCACCGCAAAUACUUUAAGGCAGCAGCUUACAAACACUGAAGUCAGACGAUUGGAGAAAAAUGUUAAAGAAGUAUUAGAAGAUUUUGCUGAAGAUAGUGAAAAGAAGGUUAAAUUGCUUACUGGUAAACGAGUUCAACUGGCUGAAGACCUCAAGAAAGUUAGAGAAAUUCAAGAAAAACUUGAUGCUUUCAUUGAAGCCCUUCAUCAGGAGAAAUAAAUUAAUUUCACUCACAAUUGCCUCUGCAAAAGUAUGAAGAAAGAAAACUCCAAAGCCUUUUGUCCAGCUUCUUACUUUUUUGCUAUUCCACCUUUCUAAACAUACAAUAAAGUCAUGGGAUAAAAACAAUGUGUGCGUGUUAGAGACGCCUUAACUGCCAGCUGCUCUUUGAGUGGAAGAACAGUGGAUAUGGCAUUAACACCCUAUUUUAUUGUAUCAAAGUGACAGAUUGGGAUAGUGUAAGUGCUAUGGCCAUUAAGUUCCGUACUUGAAGAUAAGAAACUUCCUGUCCUGCUUGUUGUCUCAUUUGUGGUAGGACUAGUGCAACUAAUUUAUCAACUAAUGUUACUUGAUGUCACUUUCUUUUCCAGAAAAAUAUGCUAGGUGUUUUGAAAUAAAACCUGAAGUUAUUGAUUGUAUAUAGAAUGAUGGUAACCUG